GUACCAAUUACAGGUAAAUCACUUUGCAAAUUACUCUUAACAUUCAACAGAUUUCAGGAAUGGAUAUUGGCUUAGCAGUUGGUGGUGCAUUUCUCUCUUCAGCUUUGAAUGUUCUCUUUGAUAGGCUUGCUCCUCAUGGUGAACUUCUCAAGAUGUUUCAGAAGAAUAAGCAUGAUGUUGGGCUUUUAGAGAGGUUGGAGGACAUUUUGCUUGGUCUUCAGAUUGUGCUAAGUGAUGCAGAGAAUAAGCAGGCAUCAGAUCCACUCGUGAGGAAGUGGUUGAAUAAGCUUCAGCGUGCUGUGGACGGCGCUGAAAACCUCUUGGAAGAAGUCAAUUAUGAGGCUUUGGGGCUCAAGGUGGAAGGUCAACAUCAAAAUCUUGUAGAAACAAGUAACCAUCAAGUAAGUGACCUCAACCUGAGCUUGAGUGAUGAUAUUUUUCUUAACAUAGAAGAGAAGUUGAAAGACACCAUUACAAAAUUGGAGGUGUUCGAAAAGCAAAUCGGUCGCCUUGGCUUACAGAAGCAUUUUGAUUCGGGUAAAAAAAUAGAAACUAGAACACCUUCAACUUCUUUGAUUGAUGAAUCUGAUGUCUUUGGUAGGCAGAAUGAAAUAGACGAAUUCAUUGACCGUUUAUUGUCUAAGGAUGCAAGUGAAAAAAGUCCGACUGUUGUCCCUAUUGUUGGAAUGGGGGCGUGGGCAAGAUAACACUUGCUAAAGCUGCUUACAAUGAUGAGAAGGUAAAAAGCUAUUUUAAUUUGAAAGCUUGGUUUUGUG